CCCAUAAACAUGUAACCAUAUAUACUUAUACAGUUAUACGGCGUCGUACCCAUAACGCUUGACCCUCCCUCUCAGAAGCUCCGGCAGCUCACUCCGGCCACCGUCCGUGUCUAAUAUCCGGCGACCGGAUAUCUUGCAAUUGCAACAGAAUUCAGAGCUGAAAGAUUUUUGUCUUCUUUUUACAUCGCGUAACAGAGAAGCACAAUGCUACGUGUAGCAGCGAGGCUCUCAAGACGUGCUCUUUCUUCGGUUCGAAGUCAUUCCGGUACUUAUCAGGCAACCUUUCCUAUAAAGCAGUCAUUAUUCACCAGUUCUGUGCAAAGAGCACCCAGAGUAGGGCAUUGCGUUUCAGGUGACAUUCUUAAAUCGGUUUCACAUGGCUCCCACACAUUUUCAAGCUUUGCAUCGGGCUUCUCUCCGUUGAAGCACAAGCCAUUGGAGUCCCUUAUUGACAUUGAGAGGGCAAAACAUCAAACUCCAGAGGAUCUAGCUCAAAUUUGGGAUGAUUUUCAUUUAGGAAGAGGUCAUAUUGGUGCAUCAAUGAAGACAAAGUUGUAUCAUCUGAUGGAGCAACGAGCUGCUGACUGCCGCUAUUUUGUUCUUCCUGUGUGGAAAGGCAGUGGUUAUACAACGAUGUUUAUGCAAGUGCAGAUGCCACACAUACUUUUCACGGGUCUUGAAGAUUACAAAGCAAGAGGAACUCAAGCCGCCCCUUACUUCACCGUUUCUCAUUACAAAGAGUUUGCAGAAACUAAAGAUUUAGUUCUUAUUCGAGGGGAUAUCGUGUUUGCCAGCAAAUUAACCGACUCUGAGGCAAAAUGGCUCUUGGAAACCGCGCAGUCGUUUUACUUGAAUGACACAAGGUACAAACUGGUUGAACGGUUCAACAAAAAAACAAGUGAGUUCGACUUUAAAGAUGUUUUACGUGCAUUAGACAUGCCCAUGAUGUAGUUGGUUUAUUUGCGAAAACCGACAUAGGAACACCAAUAAGAAAGAUCAUCAUUUAGUGUUCUGUUUCAAAGGUUGUUGUAGCGAGUCAACAAAACAGAACAUAAAAAUUGACUUAUUGUUAAAACGAAUUCGGUGCUUGUAGUAUAAGCUUCUUGCAGAAGCAACAAUUUCGGCUCAUUUACAAAUGAGUUUAUA